CGUGCCAACGUCUCUUCCUCCGUUAAACCGAUCAUCUUCCUCCGUGAAUAUACCGACUCGUCCGUGAUGGAGGAGAGAGAAGACAGAGGAGGAGGAGGAGGAGGAGGAGGAGGAGGAGGAUACCACCGGGCAGCCAAGCGGCUCCGGACCGAAGAGGAGGCCGGCGGAGAGGAGCCGGAGGACUCCGCGGGAGAGGAGGCAGCGGGGAGCGGCGGCACCGAGGGCAGGAGCCGAGGGACCAAGGUUGCCGUGGACGACGCUCACCGCAUCUCGCCGUCCCCGGUCGUCCACGUCCGAGGGCUGUGUGACGCCGUGGUGGAGGCCGAUCUGGUGGAGGCGCUCGACAAGUUCGGCAACAUCUGCUACGUGAUGAUGAUGCCGUUCAAGCGCCAGGCCCUGGUGGAGUUCGACGGCGUGGAGAGCGCCGGGCGCUGCGUGUCGCGCGGGACCCGCGAGGCCGUGUGCGUUGCCGAGCAACGGGCCUUCUUCAACUUCUCCACCAGCCAGAGGAUCACCAGGCCCACCAACGCCGACGACCCCGCCGGUGGGAACAAGGUGCUGCUGCUGUCCAUCCAGAACCCGCUGUACCCCAUCACCACCGAUGUUCUCUACACCGUCUGUAACCCCGUCGUUAACGUCCAGCGCAUCGUCAUCUUCAAGCGCAAUGGCAUCCAGGCCAUGGUGGAGUUCAAGUCCGUGGAGGACGCUCAGAGGGCCAAGCUGGCUCUGAACGGAGCCGACAUCUACGCCGGCUGCUGCACGCUCAAGAUCGAGUACGCUCGGCCCAACAGACUGAACGUCGUCCGCAAUGACAACAGCAGCUGGGAUUACACCAAGCCCUUCCUCCUGCAGCGAGAGAGGGGAACGGGGAGGCAACGGCAGGCCAUACUGGGAGAACAUCCAUCCAACGGUUAUGGCUCGCACUGCCCCCUGCUGCCUCUGCCCGCAAACAGCAGGUACAGGAGACGCAGCAAGGAGGCGCAGGACAUGAUCUCCUACCCGCCGCUCCACCCUAAGACCUCCCACUCUUCCUCCUCCUACUCGUCCUUCCUUGGCCACUCCCCCUCCAGCUCCGUCGCCAUGGCGAGCGGCCUCCAUCCAGCCAAGAUGAACUGCAGCUGCAUCUUCAACCUCUUCUGUCUCUACGGCAACGUGGAGAAGGUGAAAUUCAUGAAGAGCGUUGCCGGCACGGCGUUGGUGGAGAUGGGGGACGAGUACGCCGUGGACCGAGCUGUGACUCACCUCCACGGCGUCAAGGUGUUUGGCAAAAAACUCAACGUGUGUGUGUCCAAGCAGCAGGCGGUGAUUCCCAGUCAGGUGUUUGAGCUGGCCGACGGCAGCAGCAGCUACCAGGACUUCAGCCUGACCAGGAACAAUCGCUUCAGCGGCGCGCAGAGCAGCAGGAACAUCAUCCAGCCGCCCGCCGCCGUGCUGCACUUCUACAACGCCCCGCCCACCCUGAGCCAGCACCAGCUGCACGAGCUCUGUACCGAACGCGACGUCCUCCCCUUCACCAAGUUCAAGCUCUUCGAUGCCAAAUCCGGCUCCAAGACUCUGUCCGGUCUGCUGGAGUUUGACAGUAAAACUGAAGCUGUGGACGCUCUGACCGUCCUGAACCACCACCAGAUCAGAAUACCCAACACCUCCAACCCCUUCACCCUGAAACUCUGCUUCUCCACCUCCUCCCACCUGUGAGCCAGAAACAAGAUGGCCGCCGCGGUCGCCAGGGUCCUCCGGGACGACCGGGGGAAGUUUUAUUCUUUUCAGAAGGAGAAAAUUAUGGCAGAAAACAUUUUUAAUGGAUGGAUUUUAUUUGUGUGGUUCUCGUUUAUUUGAGCAUUGAGAUGGAGACGAGGCCUUUUUAGUGGAGAAAAAGCACCUUAAUGACAGCGAACUAAACGAGUUCACGGUCCUUGGAGGAUGCCAGCGAUGCACAGACUUCUCUUCCACCCAAUCACACGUGAGAAAUCAAAUCAAUAACUGGCUUCAUCCUCCACAAAAGGCCCUCGCAUUGAAGAUAUCAGCAGUCAACAUAGUCCCAUGUGAAACAGCUUUUUAGAGGAGUGGUGUGGUUGUUGGCCGAACUGAGGGAGGAAUCACUAAGAAGUGUAAACCAAUCAGAUAUCAUGUGACAAUCCUAAAAUAUCUUUUAUUUUUAUUUUUAACAAGUCAUUUUUAAUAUGGUUUGAGCGGUUUAGGAUUUAGAUUUAUUUAACUUCAUUGAGUUAAAAGUUAUUUUAUUAACAUUAAUGGUAAAUCAGGGUUUGUAAUGAGUUUUAUUUCUGUGAUUUUAAUUGUUUUGAGCCACAUUUUUUUAUUUUAAUUGUUUUAAAUGUACUUUCUGUGUUUCCUGCACAGCUGCACUCCUGAGUGACUUAUUAAGAAGAGGGGGUUGGUUAUUGUUUGACUGAGCAGCUGGUCAAUAGUGUUUAAAUAUAUGUAUAUUGUUUAUUAAUUGAACGUUUACAGAAUAAUCACAUUUUAAGGCGAAAGUCCUUUUUUUUUAAAAAUUGUGUUUGUGUACUUACUGAAUGAAUUAUAUUUUCACGUGAUUCAGCUGUCUGAUGACCAGACAGUCACAAGUUAUUAAUACGGUCGUAUUUCCUUCUGCUGCACGCAAGUUUGCAAAAUAACAACAAUUAAAACACGUCUUUGCCACGAAAGCAUUUCGUGUGAAUGUCUCACGCGACACAACAGACUUAGUGUCGCCAUUUAGAAUAACAAUAACUUCAUCAGACUUUGAGCUCGACGCAUAAUAAUAAUAAUAAUAUUGACUAAAGUGUUAACAUGCUACCGCUUGUGUUAGGAUGCUAAUAUUAGCAUGUUAGCUAGAUCAACCACAUAACUCGUUUUCUUCUGCAAUGAAUGCCGAUCACAUUCAUUUAUGUCAUUUUUCAACACUUUGAGCAGCACAAACUAAAAAUGUAUUUACCUCCAUUUUAUUUGGGCGGAGGCUUUGUUUGUUUGUGAGUGUGUGAGUGUGUGUGUAAUUGUUGGUCAACUGCCAUCUUUAAAAACAUAUCUUAAAGGAAUACUUCGCCCACAAAUGUACCAUUCGUACAUCAUUACAUCAAUUACUCAGUUACUUUAGAGUUCUUGAAGACCACUUAAAUAAAAAAACGUUGUGAUGAAUCAAGCUAAUGAGAAUCCGCGUUUAACGAAAGUAAAACUCUGUGCAAAACAAUUAAAGUUACCGCGUAGUGAGUAAUUGAUAUACAAAUGGACAUUUUGUGGUUGAAGUGUCCCUUUAAUGCACUUGAUGGUGGUUCAUGAAUGUAUUGUUAUUUUGAUUGACACGUCACCUGUGAAGCUAACGGACCGACUGACUCCGUUUAUGACUGUGAACUUUGUUUGUCGCUC